GCAAACGAUUGUCCUUCAGGAGCUCGGCGUGUUCUGGCAAGCAUCCCCACCGAGCAGGCACCGAGAGCAUUCGCUGCCAACAGGGCCCUGGGCUGGGACCCAGCAGAGUGGGAGGGCCCGGGUCCCCCUAUAGCUCCACCAAACCGUAAACCAGCUACCUAAAUUUAGAGGAAGCUUACAUGGCAAAUAGGCCGUAAGCCUGUUUGCACCCGGAGGGAAUGAAACUGGGUCUGUGACUAGGCCUGAGGGGCCGUAAUUACCCUAACGGGUACACUAGGCAUAUGACUAGGUCCCAAGGGCCGUAAAUAGCCUAAUAGGGGCUGUUCUGUUGUGGUGUUUUAGACGCUGCUUGUAAUUAUUAGAACUGGGAGCAUUGGCUGUUGGGAGUCUGGAAGCACAGGAAACAGGAAGGAGGGGGGAGAAGAUUGGCAUGGGCUGAGUGAGAGCUACUGAGGGAUGCAGCAGCUUUGUAAAGAGGCUCCACUUUUGGUAAAUAAAGUCCUGUUGAAGUUUGUUACUACCUUGCUUGCAUGAUACAACAUCUGUGUGGGGGAGCAACGAGGGGCGCCCUGGCAUUAGGGCACCCCUGUGACACCCUGCCAAAUUGUGGACUGCUAAAUGAAAUGCUUCCUUAUGCCCCCUUUCUGUUCCUCUGGGUAGCCAUCCCUGCACCUCCCUUUCCCCACCCCCCCUCCUUGCAGGUACCAGUUACCUAAGUUUGAUGCUUCAGUUUGAGGCUUUCCUUGGCACCUAUAAAACAAAUAAAAAUGGCAGAUGAUAUCACUUUCUACUCUUAAUUAGACUGGACUGAAUUAGCUGAAUAUGAAUAUUCAGUGGGGUUAGAAGCUAGGAUACAUUCUUCCAGAGUCUUGCUGAUUGUACCAUCUAUUUUAUAAGGGCCAGUGGGCAGAAAUAUCGAUACUGUAACCCUUACUACACUUCUUAUGCAUCGAUCUCAAAGCAUUUUACCGAGAGAGAUGUGUCAUUAUCUAAUCUUAUAUUAAGGAUGAGGAAGUGCCUAAAAUACCUAUGAACUUCAAAUCUAACAUGACAAGUUUUCUACUUUUCUCAUAAAAAUAACUCCUCUGAGAUGUUCUCAAAUCUUAAUAAAAUGUGGGGUGUUAAUUUGUGUUGGCUUGCAAGAAAUACUUGAUAAAUUUGGUUAGGUAAUGACCAAUGGAAGCAUUCACAAGAAUGGCACCAUCACAAUGCCCAUGUAUAUUCUGAUCUGAUAUGAACAUCUUUUAAAGUCCACAGUUAGCCAGGAGUGAUAACUUUUUUCUUUGCGCGCCACCUAUGUCACAUGUAACUCAGUGAACUGAAGGUAAAAAGUGCAGGAUAAACCAGUCCUCUCCAGUCUAGCAUGUAUCUAUAUUAAAAGACAGCUGCAGACAGAAUUCAGUGCUGAAGUGGUCUUUGUUUUUGGCACUCUCCAACUGACAGUCCAUCUUCUGCUAUGCUCCUUUCCUCUGUAAUCCUUAGUCUGUGGAAACCAACCCUUGACUAAUUAAGAGUUUAACUUGGAAUUUCAAGUUAUACAAGACAAAAUCUUAACUUUUUACAACAGCUUCAAGACUUAGCUUGGGAUCAGAACAGAACAUCAGACAUUCUAUCUGCACUAUCUGUAUAGCUUGAGGCAAUAGUUUGUUUUUAGAGCACUCAGCAUGCACUUCACUGGGAUCUGGCGCACAAAAAAAAAAAAAAGGCCUGGGACACAUCUUUUACAACAAGACCUUUCUCAAGGUGCCUGAUGGUGGAUUGAAGUAAAAUCUUCCACUGACUCAAAUGGGACACAUCGUUCACUGCCCCAGCUCGAAGGGGUGCAGGUCUAGGCCUAAAGUGUCGCUGUGUUUACUCAAUCCUCAAGAGGACACCUGAAAGGACCUAAAAGAAAAGAACUCUAAUGAGGGGAGAAGCUGUUAGACCCGUCAGGAAAAAGAACAUCUCUGACCUGAAGAACUUUGCCUGAAAUUAGAACUAGGGUUUUCUGAUUUUGGAGAGGGAUUUACAAGUAUAUCCAUUACGCAACAGCAAAACCAGGACCAAGAUCCCCUCUACCUGAAGCAAACUGGAGCUAUAUUUUGCAAAGAGAACAUAAGAAUGACCAGACUGAUUAGGCCAAUGGUCCAUCUACCUUGGUAUCUUCCAACAGUGGCCAAUGCCAUAUUCUUCAGAGGAAAUGAACCAAACAGGGCAAUCAUCAAGUGAGCCGUCACCCAUUCCCAUCUUCUAGCAAACAGAUACUAGGAGGACUUCAAAAUCUGCAUUCUGGAUUGAUCAACAAAAACAUCAUCUUUUAUAUAAUAUGUGUACUUACUGUAGUGGGAGUAAGGAAUAGUGUUUCUAGUCCUGUCCCUGUACGGACACUUGAGACUCACAAGGGUGACCAGGAUUAGAAUGGGCAGAUUUGGGCAGACAUGUGUUCAAACAAAAGGACGGCUCGACUAUCGGGGCAUACUUUAAAGGCCUAACCUUUAUUCAGGACGAAUUAUGGCACUGUCGCGUGGGCGAUCGUCCUUUGAAUGAGUGGGAUAUAAGACCCUUGCCCAAAGAGGUUUAUGAAUGGAUGGUUCCACGUAUGUUCGUUUGGACACAGGCUGAGUCACGAGAUCCAAUUUAUAAUCAAGAGGUGAUCUCUUCUAAGACCUAUAUGCCUCAAUUAUCCAUUAGCAAACGUUGGGAGAUCAAAUUACCUAUUUUCCGCAGCCAACUGAUUACGAUUCUAGUUAAACAACACCAGAAUUUUUGCCAUCUCGUUAUUCGAGAUGAGCUGGAGGGAAACAUCCUAUUGUAUUUUGUCAUAGAUAGAGAUGAUAGUAAAAAGAACGGCCUUAGUAUAAAUGGUUGGCUGAAGAUGGAAAUAUAUUCCAGCGUGUCCAAAAAGUGCAUGUGGAUAUUUGUUAAUCCCCAUCUAUGUGUUAAUGAGUAUAUGGCGCAUACUCCAUCAGUUGAGCAUAAUAGGCGAUGUUUGACCAAUUGCCAAUUAUUAGUCCCUCGAUGGACGGGCUCAAUCUGUGUUUAUUUGGAUGUUUUAUACUAUCCAAUAAUAAAACCAGGACAAGUGAUGUGGGUGAUUUAAGUUUUAUCAUGACCACCAUGUUACGGAGACUAUUCCAGUUAAGGUUGUAUCUCCUAUAGGGGUUAUACAAUCUAUACCCUUAAGCUGCACUGAAAAUCAGAAUCCGAAUAGAGUAAGCACAUUUGUGGCUUCUCCGAGUUGCAAGUUAGAACCGCAACCAGCUCGUUAUGUAUGUACAGGAUUGUUCGUAGACAAUAUUACCGAGUCCGGUACCUGGACAGUGCUAGGAGUUUUUGGAGCAAAAUUUCCGGUAAAAAUCCUAGUAGCCGAACAACCUGAGAAACUUGAGAUUGGACCAUAUGUUGUGAAAACGAAUAUGGCACGGCAAGUGUUGAUCGAGCCAAAAUAUCAAGUAAAGUGGGUGCACAUACCACUUGUGACCACCACUGUUGAUAUCAACAAACAGUGUGAGCCUUUCAUAGAACCAUUAUUACAAGGCUGGGAGAAAUGGUUAUGGUCAAUCAUCCCCUCUAAACAACCUAAUAGAAAGAGGCGAGACAUAGUGGCAAAAGUUCUGGGUGGAGUUAGUCCUGGCUUAGGCAUUGCAUCAGUCAUCGAUAAUGCUUGCCUAGCUAAGAAUUUAGCAAAAUUAACUUCAGGGACUGAAGAUCUAGUCCAUCCCCUCGAAGAGUCAUUAUUGGGCUUGGAUAAAGUCCAAGUAAAAUUGACCGAUUUAUUACCAACAUGGGCACAUUAUCAGGAAGAAGAUCAUCUCCGGAUGUUAAAGGGAAUGCAGGUUUUGGUUAACGAAACUACAUUGGCCUUAGCCUGUGUACAGGUGCAAAAUAUGCUUUUAGAAUUAUCGCACGACAUUAUCCACGAUGCACUGGCAGGCACCCUUCCUAUAGAAAUAGCGGCCCUAAUUAGUAAAUUAUCCACACCUUUUGAGAGGGAAAAUCAGGACGUGUGGAAUGUUUUGCAUUCCGAAUAUGAUCCCAGACGCAAUGUUUUGCAUAUAGUAAUACUGACAGUCUUAAGUGCACAAAAAGACAUCGUAUAUCCAAUUGUUACACUAGGCAUGUUUAUUAAUGGCUCAGUGAUGAUGCUUAUUACUAACAGAGCCUGGGCCUAUCAAAAUCAAGAAGAUGUAGUAAACAUGCAAGCAUGCAUAGCACAAAAUCAUUUAGGAUAUGUGUGCACAACCAGUCUGUGGAAUCAAGGCCAUUUAUGUCUAAAUGAGGCCGAAGGAGAAUGCAAUUAUGAAUUGCACCUGACACCUCUGGGUAAUAACCAUUCUGUAGUGGUCCAAAUAGAUCAACAUUGCAUAUGCAUACGGAGUUUGUGUCCUGUGUUUACUGUGAAUAAAUUUUACACAGUAGUCAUGCCCAAUUUUACUAACUUGUGUCUGUAAAGUUUUUGAGAUACGUGGGUGUGAUAUAAAUGUUAAGUUAAUCAACGCUGAGUACGAGGACAUUACCGUACGUUAUGCCAUAAUUGACAUUAUAACACCGGUGUCAUUGGGUCCCAACAUUGACUCCAUAAAAGCAAUGAUGGUCCAUCCAGAUUUGACAAGCAUUAUAAAAAGCAUUAAAAACAUCAGUGAAUGGGUUCAUAUAGUAGUUCAACAUGCAGCUGACGAUAUCAUCCACAUUGAUAAACGAAUUCAUGUUACACCUACUUGGUGGACCAAAUUAUUUGGUGACAUUUUUGGAGAUCUGUCAACCAUCAAUGUAAAAUCAGUACUAACUAACCCAUUGGGCCUGUUGUAUAUCUACAUAGCUGUCCUAACCUUGCUUACAUUACUGUUAUCUUGUUAUGUGUGUUGCCCACGUCCGCGUAUAAGAGAUGAAAUAUUUGCAUUUAAUUCUGCCAUGUAAGUUGAUGAACAUCUUCUGUUUCCACCUCAGUUGUCCAUCAAGGAGGGGAAAUGUAAUGCAGAAUUACUAUGUAACAUCAAUGUCCAUGUGUUAUAAAUGUAACAGACAGUUAUGUAGCAACCACAUGCUUUAAAUGUAACUGUAACCAACCCAAAGAGUCUGAAAAUGUAAUAUCCUGUACAGUGGACUUGUGAAUAUCUAAGGACUAGUGUGUAAAUUCAUUGUUAAUAUAUAUUAAAACACAUGAUAUAGGUAUAAUAUAGUCUUAUUUCAAAAUGGCUUCUCCGACUCCAUUUUGAAAUGGUAAAAUUCUCUUGGCACCCAUUAAGAACCCAGGUUAUGUCACGUCCAACAGGUAUGUCUGUUAGAGUUUAAUAUAAUAAUAUGCAUACCUGUUAGGAUUUGAAUAUUUAUAAAUAUGUGUGAGCUAUUUGUGUUCUCAUCUAUCAGCCAAUCAAUUUAAACAUAUGCAAAUAGAGCAUCAUUGGAGAGCCAAUCAGUUCAAACCUUGAGAACUUAUGAAUAUUCAUUAGCCUAUGCUAUUUAAGUCUCUGCCACGCAGCAGUUGUUGUUGCAUCGGGUCUUUCUAGCGUUGGGUCUAGGUUAGCAUAGGUCUGUUCUUGUAUGCUUGUAUAUGCUUUCAGUCUUAGUCCUAGAUACUGACGAAUGAAUGUAUUAAUUUAAUUCUAGACUGAUGAAACUGGGCGGAAGGCCUGUAGUUUCACCAAUAUUCCCCAUAGGGUAGUUUAGUUAGAUUAGGAUUAGUAUAGGGUAGACAUCGUCGUCGUGUCUGUCCGUCAGGCUGCGUCGGUACGAGUAAUUCGGCCGUCUUCGAGUCUGUUCGGCGGGUGCGUCGCGAUUUAGGUUAGGUUUUAUUUAGAGUAGUUAGGGUAGAAACAGAGUCUACAAUCGCCUGAUCCUGUUGCUCCGAAGUGCGAGAAGAGAGGUUGAGGCCAGACAAUUCGCAGAAGGUGAAUCUACCGCCGUCGCACUCAACCUGUGCUUCAUGGGAUCAUCUUGGUUAUUCCUCGCCCGAGGCUUUCCAUUAGCCAGAGGCUUGAGGUCGCCAAGCACCGGAUCAUCUGCCGAGGGACGCCUAGCUGUUCCUCGCCUGAGACCCUAAGGGACCAAAGGUCGCUAGCAUCACCACCGUUGCCCUUGCACCACCAGACUUUGUAAGUAGGUUUAGGAACCUUGGAGGGACUGCCCCUCCAAUGUUCAUGUAGUAUAGAAAGGGGACUGCCCCCCUAUUUUAUUCGAGGUAUAUGUUUGUUAAAUUUAAUAUGUAAAAUAUAGUCUUGUGGUCUAAAUUUAGUUAUUGUUGAGUUUUUAUUUACUGCAACCUGUCUCUGAGAUAGACAAUCUCCAGGUGAUUAGACACUGGUGGACAUCCCGCACCUGAAAUACCAUCCCGAAGCGGAUGCGUACAGUUACUAGGUAACUGUCCAGAGAGCUACUCCUAGUAGUUCCUCUGAAUCUGUUAAGCAACAGGUAACAGGCAAUCAUUUGUGAGACUUCUCUAAUCUUGGCCAAUUUAUGUAGCUGGUGAUAGCCUUGCUUACUGUUUAGUUCUUCACUGUUGUUUUGUGAUGCCACUUUUUUAUACCCACAGCUUGUUUCUGUUUGUGCUCUCCUUGUGCCUUCCUGGCAUAGGGUGGGAUGAAAAGCCACCAGAUUCAUUUAUUUGAGUUCUCACAGUGAUGUUGUGGGCAUCUUUACAGAAAGGUGGCAUGUUUAGAGGAAAAAUGUUAGAGACUGUGUUUACAUUUCACUUUUAAAGGUUCUCAUUUGACAUGAGGUACAAGAAAUCACUCUGAAGUCAGUAACUUUCAUAAGCAAAUCAGGAAAUACAACACCUCGUACCAAGUUUCUAAAAAGUCAUUAGUACUCUUUCUCUCUCCUUCUUUUGUGUACUGGGGAGGGGAUGCUUUUCAAAAUUGAUUUAAUUCUUUAGAGAUUCCAGUCCCAAACUAAUUCUAGGUGUCCCUUCUUCCCAGUGAGAAAUUUUACUUCUUGAAUUCAUGAGUCUCAUGGAUCAGAGUAAGGGACUUUGAAUGGGCAGAGAGAAUAGGGUCAAGAGAGAUAUAUGUGGUGAAUUUUGUCUCAAGUUUUUAGCUGUCUCUGUCAUGCUGUGUCUGUUUUAAUUAUAACAGGAAAGAAAUAAGUACUGGCCUGGGGCAGGAGCAUUGUGUGUAACAGGAUAAGAACCAAUGUGUAUGUAAGCAGGGGAAAUGGUCCCACUAUUGUGGAGAACUUUCCUGGCUCCUACACUAUCCCGGUGAAAUGGGCUAGUGAAAGGAUAUGAGUCUCCACUCCCACUUCCUUUUCUCAGAGACCUCUCUGACCUCAAGGGCUUC